AUGACCUUGUGCGUCCAGGUCAGUGGAGGUCAAGCUGACCGCUUUUUGGCCUUGAGCGGGGACGUUGUCGACCCCUCUGCAAGGAAGACGAUUGUGGAGAAGACGGUAGAGAAAUUUGGACGUCUGGAUGUGUUGGUGGCUAACGCUGGUGUAGCAGAUCCUCAAAGUGGGAUUUUGAAUGCUAGUGAAGAAACUUUUGAUAAAAUCAUGAACACGAACGUAAAAGCAGUGUUCUUCCAGAUUCAAGAAGCGGUGCCACAUCUGGCAGAGAGCAAGGGCAACAUUAUCGUUGUUUCAUCCAUGUUGUCAUUCAUGGCGUGCUCAUCCAGUAUUUUGUAUCCAAUGUCAAAAGCAGCAGUUGAUCACAUGAUCCGAUGUCUGGCGUCGACCUUGGACCGAAAGAAAUCCGGGUCAACGCUGUGA